GUUCAUCUAGAAAAUGAAAAUCUGUAUCAGCAUUGUCCUAUUAAUGAUCAAGAUUUUUUUAUAUUUUGAUGAAAUAAAUGCUUCGGGAUUUGAGGGAGCAAGUUCGUCGUCCCAACGAGCUCGAGAAGACCCUCUUCUUUUGGUACAAAGGGAUCCUGUAGACGGCCCACGACAUAAAUCUGUUUACAUAAUGGGGCAAGAGGUUCAAUUGUGGUUAGAUCGUUCUAGAAAACACGUUUUGAAAGCUUGGUAUUCGCCGAACUGUUAUAUUCCCCAAUCUGACUAUUACAUAACACAUGAUUUUUUAAUCCGAGUUUUUAUAGUAGAUGGUGUAAAAUUGGUGGCAUAUAUAUCUAAAGAUAAUAGACUUAUAGGAGUCCGAGCACCGCAACUACUAUGUAAAUAA